AUGUCUAGGAGAUUAGCCAUGGAAUCGUUUCGUCGCGCUCAUCGCGUUGAUGUACGAACCCUAAUUUCAAGUGCCGUAUGCAAUCGUACAGUUUGCACAGCGUCAAAGGAUCUUCCGUCAGCUUACUUAGCACAGUACGAAUCAUCAUCAUCAUCAUCGAAUCAUGGUGCUGUGGAUGAGAGUUAUGUCCUCGCUGAACUAUCAUCACUGCUUCCGAUUUCAUCUAAACUCUCAGUAACCAAAGACGAGAGCAUUUCGAUGAAUCAAAUAGCCGUUGAUUCGUUUCUGUCGCCGGAAGAGAAACUCAGAGGUGUGUUUCUUCAGAAACUGAAAGGGAAAUCUGCAAUACGUAAGGCUUUGAGUAGUCUCGGUAUCGAUUUGAGUAUCGACAUUGUUGCUGAUGUUGUGGAUAGAGGGAAUUUAAGUGGUGAAGCAAUGGUUACAUUCUUCAAUUGGGCGAUUCGCGAGCCUGGUGUGUGUAAAGAUGUUGAUAGCUAUAAAGUGAUUUUAAUAGCGUUAGGAAGAAGAAAGUUCUUCUCUUUCAUGAUUGAUGUUUUGCGAGAAAUGGCGUGUGAAGGUGUUACUCCUGAUCUGCAGUGCUUAACCAUUGCUGUGGAUAGUUUCGCUAGAGCUCAUUACGUGCGUAGAGCGAUAGAACUGUUCGAGGAAAGCGAAGGUUUUGGUGUGAAAUGUAGUAGCACCGAGUCUUUCAAUGCGCUGUUGCGGUGUCUCUGCGAGCGUUCUCAUGUUACUGCUGCGAGCUCGGUGUUUAAUGCGAAGAAAGGGAAGAUAGCUUUUGAUAGUUGCACUUACAAUGUUAUGAUUAGUGGAUGGUCGAAGCUCGGUGAGGUUGAGGAAAUGGAAAAGGUUUUGAAGGAGAUGGUUGAGAGUGGGUUUGGUGCCAACUGUUUGUCUUUCAGCUACCUUAUCGAAGGGUUGGGAAGAGCCGGUCGUGUUAAUGACUCCGUUGAGAUCUUUGAUAGUAUGAAGCAAAAGGGUUGUGUUCCGGACGCUAAUGUGUACAACGCAAUGAUCUGUAAUUUCAUGUUUGCUCGAGAUUUUGAUGAGUCUGUGAGGUGUUACAGAAGGAUGAUUGAUGAAGGAUGUGAACCGGAGUUGGAGACUUAUUCCAAGCUUGUCUCUGGGCUUAUUAAAGGCCGUAAGGUUGCUGAUGCGCUUGAGAUGUAUGAAGAGAUGUUGUCAAGAGGGAUUGUUCCCACCACAGGGCUUGUUACCUCUUUCCUCAAGCCGCUUUGCAGCUACGGUCCGCCACACGCUGCAAUGGUUAUCUAUCAGAAAGCGAGGAAAGUUGGGUGUAUGAUAUCUGAAAGUGCGUAUAAGUUGUUGCUCAAGCGGCUAUCGGGAUUUGGGAAAUGUGGGACACUGUUGAACGUGUGGGACGAAAUGCAGGAGUGUGGAUAUCUUUCCGAUGUGGAAGUCUAUGAGUAUAUCGUUGAUGGGCUCUGUAACAUUGGGCAUCUGGAGAAUGCUGUGCUUGUGAUGGAAGAAGCCAUGCGUAAAGGGUUUUGCCCAAACCGCCUUGUUUAUAGUAGGAUUAGCAAUAAACUCAUGGCGUCGGAUAAAACAGAGUUGGCGUAUAAGCUGUUUCGGAAGAUCAAAGAGGCUCGUGUUAAAGAAAAUGCUCGCAGAUUCUGGCGACGAAACGGGUGGCACUUUUGA